GUCUGGAAUUUGCUUGCAGCGAUACUUACUUGUUUGUUUUUUUUGUCGACCCUUCCAGUUAGUUUCCGCUUUGACUCCAAGUAAACAUGGCGUUAGGACUGCCAGCUGUUGCUGUAUUCGUAUUAUGUGCCAGUCUUUCCUCUUGUGUGCUCGCAGGGGAAGGCUGUAAGGCCUACACCGAUUCUUCCAACAAAUACCAUUUUUCUCAGUAUUGCAGCUACCCGACCUUUUGCUGUGGUACCUGUGGCAAAAGAAAGUGUUGUAGUGAUCAUCUUCAGUGGCUAUCAGAAUCGACGCAAGAAAAGUGUAGUGAAGGCGGGAAAUAUUCUAGUACACUUCCUGUGCCUUCGAUCGUUGGCUGUGUGAUCUUCUUUGUGCUUUUCCUCGUCUUCAUCUGCUGCUUCGUCUGUCCAUGCUGCAGCUUUUACAAGAUGUGCCGUAAGCCCCGACCUGUGGUAACAUCCACCACACACACCACGGUGGUUACCACCACUCCUCAGCACUACCCACAGCAGCCAACUGCAGAGCCUGGUCCUUCUCAGUCCUACCAGGGGGUUCAGUAUCCACCUCAUCAGCCCAUGCCAGUGCAGCCUGGCUAUGGAACUCAAGGCAUGCCUACGACACCUUACCAGGGAGAGCAGUUUAUUCCAGGACCACCACCGACGUAUCAGGAAGCCACCGGUCCUUCCUACCCACCUCUGCCGAUGCCAGCCGGUCCUUCCUACCCGCCUCAGCCGAUGCCAGCCGGUCCUUCCUACCCGCCUCAGCCGAUGCCAGCCGGUCCUGCCUACCCGCCUCAGCCGAUGCCUUACAGCCAGGCGGCUUACGGCCCUGAACAGCCAGCGUACCCUCUACAUCCGCCCGCCCAGCCGCAGCCAAAUGUUCCACCCCCUCAGAUGGACUUCCUGGCCCAGCCUGCAUACAACCCGGAUUUUUUUGCUCCAUCCAAAUUGGGAUAAAAGAUCUCAGUGCUGCAUUUUCAGCCACAAACAUACAGCAACAUUUUAAGAACCUAGGGCUGGAAAAGUUUUUUUUUUAUUAUUAUUACAGAUAAGAAAUUCCACAUCUUGCUUCAUUCAGUCUGAUGGUAAACUUGGGAAUGUAAGCUGAGUGUCUGUUACGUUUAGUAGUGAAAGCGUUGAAGCCUUUUGGCUCGUGUUACAUGGACGUGCAGUGGAUAUGUGUGGUUAGAUUAUCUAAUGCCAGUUUCUACGUGGCUCUAUUUUUGUCAUCAUGUCAAAUGAAACAUAAAACCACUGUGUUUGAUUUAAGCUUUUAAUAUGUGUUUUACCUGUUCAGCUCUCUGAAAACGCCUCAAAUCUUCCUGGUGGCCUUUAAGUUUCUCCUUCAGUGACAAGACUUGAUGUUUUCGUCCGUGCCAGUCAUCUUGUAAAUAUCUGCUGCUGUCUUACAGAAGUGCUUUAAACUUUGUAUUUCUUCAUGUAAGCACAUCCUUUUUUUUUUUUUUGGUAGCGUUUUAAAAUGUGUGUAGCUUCUUAUAGUUCACUUUCAAUAUUUGUUAUUUGGGAAGAAAUCAGGUCAAAUACUCACCUGUUGAUGACUGGAGCUCACAUUUACAGUUUGUGUUGAGCGAGCAGGUUCAUUUUAAACACUCAAAGGGAACAAGUCAAACACAGGUUGACUUUUGUGCUCAUAUACAUAGCAGGCUUUAAACAAAGUAGUUUUAUUGUUUUUAUUCAUCAUUUUCAUCUCUCUUCAAAAUGGUCCAAAAGACAUCGACAGCUUUGCCUGAAAAGAUUUUUUUCGAUAUCUGUUUCACAAACAUUUUGUCAAACCCGUAAAGGAAAAGUGUUAUGCUUAUGGAAGUGCAA